AUGGAUAUUCAUCGUUGCCGAUUCGUGGACUAUACGCCUCAUACUAUCACAUCAUUGGCGUUUUCACUGCGAUCUUUUCCAGAACAAUCAGCACCAUCGGAUUUGCGUUUAGCAGUAGGCAGAAGUAAUGGAGAUAUUGAAAUAUGGAACCCAAGACAUAAUUGGACCCAUGACUUAACAUUGGCUGGAUCAAAGGGACGGUCUAUUGAAGGACUCAUUUGGAGCUCAAGCUCAUCGGAUGCAGAGAAUGAACCCAGCAGAUUAUUUUCCAUUGGGGGAUCUACUUAUAUCACUGAAUGGGACUUGAAGACUGGCAGACCCUUGGUAAACUAUGAUUGUAAUGCAGGAACUAUCUGGUCCAUUGAUUUGACUGCGCGUGGUGACAAAUUGGCAGUUGGUUGUGACGAUGGGUCGGUUGUCGUUGUGGAUAUAUCGGGAGGUGUUGGUUCAUUAGAGUAUGAUAUCAUUUGUCAAAGGCAAGACGCAAGAGUUUUGAGCUUGAAAUGGAACGGAAAUGAACAAAUUGUUGGAGGAUGUGCAGAUGGAAGAAUAAGAGUAUGGAGCUAUGCCAAGGACACCAAGGGUAGAAUCUUGAGUACGAUGAGAGUUGACAAAUCCAAGACUGAGAGUACAUUGGUAUGGACUUUGGAAGUUUUGCCAAACAGGAAUCAACUUCUUAGUGGUGACUCCACAGGACAUGUCAAGAUAUGGGAUUUGAAGUUCUUUUCAUUGAUGCAAAGUUUCAAGAUUCACGAUGCUGAUGUGCUUUGUAUUGUGAGCGAUGUUAAGGAAGAACGUUUCUUUUCUGCGGGUAUUGAUAGAAAGAUUCAUCAAUACGAUUUGUUGCAUGCAAAGUCUAGUACCAAGUGGGUACACAGCUUUAAUCGGUUGUUGCAUUCGAACGAUAUUAGGUCUAUGGCAAUUACAGAGAGUAAAAAUUUCAAAGCUCUUGUUAGUGGUGGUGUUGAACGAGCCAUUACUAUACAACUGAUUGACAAUUUUCAAGAUUCAAAGUACAAGAAAUUAUUGGUUAAUCAACAAAUUAGUAAUGUUUUGGUGGUUCCAGAAGACAAGCUUGUGAUCCUAUGGCAAGACCAAUUUGUCAAAGUAUGGAAGAUAUUGAGUAAUGGAAAACAAAAGCUAAUUUCGAAGUUGAUCUUAUCAGAUGAUGAGAAUAUCACGAGUGUCGAUUUCAAGGGAAAUUUGCUAGCAGUUGCCAAAAUGACUUCUGUAAAGGUUUACGAGUUGGACGAGGUUGACGUUGAGAAUGAUAAAUAUAUGAUCAAUAAAAUAAGGGACGAAAAUUUUGACUCAAUAAUAUCGGGAGCCAAAAAAGUCAAGUUUAUAUCCAAUUCGAAGGUGCUCGUUUUGACCCCAGAUGAAGAAUUGUAUCAAUUUUCAAUUGAUGCUGAAAAUAGUCAAAUCUCAUUAGAUGAUCAAAUCGAAUUUAUUGAAAACGAUUCCACAUCAAACACAUCAUACAGCAACAACAUCAAAAAUCUCAUCUUAACCCCUAAUCACAAGAACAUAGUAUUAUCAAGAUUCAAUGGAUCCAUUGAAGUCUAUCCACUUGAUGCUGGCGAUGCAUUCACCCUCACAAAAUUAUCUAACUCGUCGUCCCAUCCACACUUGAUAUCAUGCCGAAACAAUGAUCAACUUUUAGUUUUGACAAAUGACAACAAGAUACUCGAGUUUAACUUGUUUAACCGAGAACAAUUGUUGACCGCGUGGUCUAAACGCAACAGCGAGUUUUUGCCACGUCAAUUCACAUCACUUGAGGACAAGCCAGAAGGAAUGUUUGUCAAGGAAGAAAAAUUGUGGGUUUAUGGAACAUCAUGGAUGUGUUACUUUGAUUUGACAAAGAAUAUUCCCAUAAGCAAAUUGUACAAAAAUUUAAGUACAGGUAAAAAAAGAAGAAGAGAUGGUUUGAGUCUUGAUGAUGAAAUAGAUGUCAAUGGCGAUGUUGUGCAACUAGAAUCGAGCUUGAAACAGAGUGAAAUUGACAAGUUGAAGAGGCAGAUUAAAGAAGACGAGGAUGUCAAUGAGCGUGAAGGAGCAGUUGAUGGCGAAGAUGAAGACAUGCAUGAAGGAGAGUCAAAGGUAUUUUCGUUAACGGAAAAGUAUAGACCGAUAAUGAAAGUGGCUGAUUUCGGAUAUGAUGAAUUGUUGAUUGUUGAAAGGCCCUACUUUGCUUUGCCAACUACACCUGCUUUCAACUUGCCUAAAUUGAGAAUAUAA